CUCCUUUAUUCAAAAAGCAUCUAAUCAUAAUAAUAAUGUUUUCGAAACAGAAGAAAAUAAAAGCUCUAUUAUUGAUAUUGUAGAUUACCAAACUUUAAAUGAAAAGCAAAGAAUAAUUUAUAACAAAAUAGAAUCACAUUAUGAAAAUAUUCUUAGAGAUCAUCAAAUUGAGGCAUUGAAAAUUAUUGUUAUAGGAACUGCAG